AAAAGUUGAUAAACCAGAAAAAGUUUCCAACGAAAACCAAUAAGAAAUUGUUUCUUUUUUUUCUGAUCAACAGUAAACUCUAUUAGUUACCUUGAAUUAUUUUCUUCUUCUUGUCUGAGUUAAUUGUUUACUCACAAUCAGUUUACAUGUAAAUCUAUUUGUUUCUAAUUGUAAUACAUGAGCAAUUAAAAGGUAAACAUGAUCAUCAGAAAGAUCGUUACAAAUUUUCAUCAACGAUUGUUAAGUUUUCCAAAAACAUCCAAUGGACUGAUUAGAAGUGGAUCUUGUGGAUUAGUUGAUUGUCGUCAUAAUCUUCAUGCUUGGGCUUCGGUGAAAUCUUCAUUAGAUUCGGAAUUGGAAACAAUUAAAGAAUCGGGUGUUUAUAAAACCGAACGAAUCAUAACAAGUGAACAAAAUUCAUGGAUUAACAUUGAAGGUAAAAAGGAAAAGGUUCUUAACUUUUGUGCCAACAAUUAUCUCGGUCUUUCGAGUCAUCCACGAGUUGUUCAGGCCGGGAUUACGGCUUUAAAAGACUACGGGGCUGGAUUGAGUUCAGUUCGAUUCAUUUGUGGUACACAAAAUAUUCAUCGUGACCUGGAGCGUAAAAUUGCCGCUUUUCAUGGUCGAGAAGAUGCCAUUUUAUACGCAAGUUGCUUCGAUGCCAAUGCUGGACUAUUCGAGGUUCUUCUGGGUGAACAAGAUGCAAUCAUUUCCGAUGAACUUAAUCACGCCUCGAUCAUUGAUGGAAUCCGUUUGUGUAAAGCUCAACGUUAUCGAUAUAAACAUCGAGAUAUGAACGAUCUAAGAAAUCACCUUGAAUCGGCUAAAGGGUCUCGUCGUAAGUUAAUCGCCACUGAUGGUGUUUUCAGUAUGGACGGAAAUGUUGCUCCGUUAGGUGAGAUUGUCUCUCUUGCCAAAGAGUAUGGAGCUAUGGUGUUUAUUGACGAGUGUCAUGCCACCGGUUUCUUUGGGUCAACUGGUCGAGGUACCGAGGAAUUUUUCAACCUCAACGGUUCCGUUGAUAUAAUCAACUCGACAUUGGGUAAAGCUUUGGGUGGAGCAGCGGGUGGUUACACCACUGGACCUAAGGAGUUGAUUGAUUUACUUCGUCAAAGAGCUCGACCCUACCUUUUCUCGAACUCUAUUCCCCCGCCAGUUGUGGCCUCAGCUUCCGAAGUGUUUGAUAUGUUAACGGAAAAUUCUGAUCUUCCCAAAAAAUUGGCUUCGUUGACACAAUCGUUUAGAUCGCAAAUGAAAUCCGCUGGAUUCACGAUUCUUGGUGAUGAACAUCCGAUCUGUCCAGUUUUUCUGGCUGACGCAAAAUUGGCCUCUACUUUUGCCGAUAAAAUGUUAGAUCAAGGAAUCUAUGUGAUCGGUUUCAGUUAUCCGGUUGUUCCAAAAGGAAAGGCCAGAAUUCGAGUACAAAUAUCAGCUUCUCAUACAGAAGAAGAUAUAAACAAAGCCGUUAAUGCCUUCAUCGAAACUGGUAAACAAUUAGGAUGUAUUAAUUAAACGAGUAACAAUUAAAAUCGUCAACAAUGAAAAAUUUGCCCAAAAUUUUACAAAACUUUUCAAACUUUAAUCAUUGAAUUUUCACAAAUACUAUUGAUAUUAUCCAUUUAUUGUCAAUUAAUUAAAUUCCCUACAACGGUUACAAUUUAAAACGAAAAAAAUAAAACCUAUUUCUCAAUUAGAA